AUGAAUGGAAAUGUUUCCGAAUGGUAUAACGAAUGCGACAAUGCCAUUAGAAGGUCAGAAAUAGUUCCUGGAACUUACGAAUAUACAACUGCUGUUUCUUAUGGAAACGUAGGUGAGUUUGGAGAAGGUUCUUCAACAACAGUAGAUAUUGCUUGCGACAGGUUUCAUAUUAUUUCUAUUGACAACUCUUUCUUAUACGUGGAACAAGACAUUGAAAUAAAACCUUCUGCCAAGUUGUCUGACAAGAAAGGUUGCAAUGGAAUUUUCUAUGUCGGAUACCAAUAUGCUCCAGAAGUUUUCAUGGGAUAUAAGAUAUAUUCUAACUCUGACUUAGUUCAAACAGUAACAUGGGCAAACUAUGAAUGGUUCGCUUUGAGAAACUCAGUACAACCACAAGCUAGAGAACAAACAGACCAGUAUGCAACUAUUGAGAAAAUAAGAAGACUUGACCCUAACGUUCCAGGAGUUUAUGUUGACCUUUCUGGACAAACUGCAGCAGCAGUAACCAAAGUAAAAUUGAAACUUAGAGUUCCUUUGUCAUCUUUCCUCAUCUUCAGGUUUUUAAGAUACUUGCCAAACUGGGCAGGAAAAAUUUCUAUCGAACUUACUCCAAGCAAAAAUAACUUAGUCAUUGCACCAACACAAGACCCAUUCACUCUUACAGACGUAAAGGGAGCAAAUCAAACGUCAUUCGCCGACUUUUGCAAAGACAAAGUUGACUUAGACUUUGGUUUCUCAAACCUCAACACUGAAGUAAACUAUUAUUUCAAUGCUGCUGGAACUGCUUGGGACCCAGUUAAGUUCACAUGCGAAAAGUUUGAAUGCAAGAGAAUAGAAAGCAGACUUGCAGUCUAUAUGUUGGACCCAGAUAUUUCAAAUGCUUUAGCUGCCAAAUAUAUUGCAGUUCCACUUAU